CCUCUUUCAUUCCAUCCUUUCAGAAGAGGAGGAAAUGGUCGGCUCCCAAAACUAACUUGCGAUUGGCCUAUGAGCAUGUAAAGGAGGUGGGAGAGAGCCAGGAAAAGAGACAGAGAGACAGAGAGAGAGAGAGGGGGGAGAGAGAGACAUUGGAGCGUCAGAUCACUGGCCUUUGCUUGUCAACAGGUGGCAGCGGCAGAGUGUGUGAGUCUCUUAGGAGAAAGCAGGAGACCGAGAAGAGAGAGAGAAAGUCACAGCAAAACUACAGCAACGCCAUGAUAACCAGACUCCUGUGGAAGGCUAUGUGCUUACUGGUCGUUCUCCUCAUCACCGCCACCUCACGGCUCUGCUGGGCGGACGUUGAGGCUGGGACACCGGCGACAGAGAAGGGCGUGACCUUCAGCCACGUGUACAAGAUCGACAUGCAGCCGGGCAGCUGUGAACAGAGCCAGCCCCAGGACGCAGCUGUGCAGACUGGUUCGGAGAGCAGCCCCACAACCGCCGGCGGGACGGGGGAGAACGAGGUGGUUUUCAGACACAACAUCCGCCUGCGGACGCCGGCCUGCGACUGCGGCGAGUCGGAGACCUUCAAGGCCCUGAUGUACCGGGUCAACGGGCUGGAGGAAGAGGUCAACUAUCUGAAGACCCAGUGUGCCGACGGGUGCUGCAACAGCAAGGGUGCAGGCGUGGACACCAGCUGCGGCGGCCACGGCACCUACCAGCCCGUCGCCUGCACCUGCGUGUGCGACCCGGGCUGGCAGGGCCCCGACUGCUCCGCCUCCGCCUGCGACCCCGACGACUGCAACGACAACGGGCGGUGCGUGGACGGCCGGUGCGUCUGCCACCAGGGCUACGCGGGGCCCGGCUGCGGCCAGCUGGCCUGCCCCGACAACUGCAACGACAAGGGCCGCUGUGUGGACGGGAAGUGUGUGUGCUUCCCGCACUACGGCGGCGAGCACUGCGGCGUUCAGCGGUGCCCCAACGACUGCGUGGGGAACGGGCGCUGUGAGGAUGGCCGCUGUGUCUGCAGCCCAGGCUUCCACGGGGACGACUGUUCGCUGGUGAUGGGUCCUAAGGGUCUUCAGUUGGUUAAGGCCACAGACGUGUCUCUGCUGGUCCAGUGGCAGCCCGUUCAGGGUGCAGAGUAUUACAUGCUGACCCACCACCCCAAGAACCAGGAGAAGGCACUGCAGGAGGUGAGGGUGGCCAACACAGAAAGCUCCUACCUGAUCUCAGGACUGGUUCCUGGGGUCACCUACACUGUGGAGGUGUACGCCGCCAUCAACCGCCUCCAGAGUGAAGCGGACAGCAUCGAGGCGACCACAGACGUGUCUGCGAUCGAUGACAUCCGGGUGACCGGCCAAUCAGAGGACUCCAUCUCGGUGGAGUGGCAGAACCCCGCAGCGGUGGUGGUGGACCACUUCAGGCUGACCGCCACCGACCCCCGCGGGGUCCAGGGCCAGCACAGCGUGCAGCAGAGCCAGGAGGCCCGCACCAAGCACACCCUCAAUGGUCUGCAGCCGGGGACACAGUACCGGAUCUCAGUGCAGGCCAUCGUGGGAGCCACUGAGGGGAAGGCCUCCUCAACCACCGGGGUCACAGACCUCGACGCUCCGGCCAACCUCGUCACCACGGGGGUCACGGAGGACACCGCGCUGGUGACCUGGGACCGCGUCCAAUCAGAGGUCAGCGGCUACGUGCUGACCCACACGUCCUCGGAGGGCCCCGGCCGGGAGGUCCCCCUGGGGCCCGAGAGCGACACCCACAGGCUGAGGGGGCUGCGGCCGGGGGUCCGCUACACGGUCUACGUCUGGGCGGUGAACGGGGACCGGGUCAGUGGGAGGAGCUCCACCGACGCUGAGACAGACCUGGACGCUCCCACGAACCUCCUGGCCCGAGAUGAAUCGGAGUCCGCCUUCAGCGUGGUCUGGGACCGUUCCCAGGCCCCGGUCGACGGCUACGUGUUGACCUACUCCUCCUCCUCCUCCUCCUCGGCCCCUGGAGGGGAGAUCCCAGUGGGGCCCGACACCACCACCUACAGGCUGACGGAACUGGGGCCCGGGGCCGGCUACACUGUCUCGGUCUGGGCCGUCAAGGGGGACAGAGUCAGCAGGAAGACCUCAACACAAGCUGAAACAGUCAUCGACACCCCGAAGGAGUUGAAGGCUGCAGAUGUUGCCAUGGACACCGCCCGUUUGACAUGGAUACCCCCGCUCGCUGUCAUCGAGGGAUACAUCCUGACCUACCGGGCGGUGGACGGCACCACCGAGACUGUGAAGAAGAGGCUGGGCGCGGGCGACGGAGCCAGCUUCUCCCUGUCGGGUCUGGCGAGCGGGAAGAGAUAUGUGGUCACUCUUAUCGCCUACCGAGGGGCCAAGAGGAGCAAGGUGGUGGAGACCAGCUUCAAAACAGUCGGCCAUCACUACGCCCUCCCCCUGGACUGUGUGCAGGUCAUGAGGAACGGCAACAGCCAGAGCGGUGUCUACACCGUCUACCUGCA